CGAGUUGGUUCUUUAGAACAGUUCGUUUAAAAAAUGAUUCAUUGAAUCUUUUAUGCUGCGAAGUGUCCUUUGAAAUCUCCGCGUGGCAUUUUACCCGCGUUUCAGUAAUGCGUUUUUACGUUUUUGUUGUUUUAUUAUCAGUAAGGCUGUUAACUGUAAUUGAAUGUGAGCGUUUAUUAAAACCACCGUUUAUUUUGCACCAUAUUCAGCUCAGUCAUCGAUGAAUUCGUAACCGUAUACUACUAGCAUACUACUGUUACAAUGUUUGCGAUAGAAGCACAUGAUAAAAGCAGAAAGAAUAUCGUGCUAGUGUGCUAUAUUCACGGUUCAUUGAGUUUAUCGGAGUCUGUUCGUUUACUGAGUCGAGGCUGAGAGUUAGGUUCUUGACCGAGUCGCUUCGGAUUUGUUGAAACGAUUCAUUGAAAAGAUUCGACUCCUUUGAACGAACCAGACAUCACGAUUCGCUACAUCCCUUCUUACAUGCGAACCCCUUUCGAGAGGUCGUGACUCAUCUGAUCGCAAAUGUAUCAGUUCAGUAAGGAGCCAGCAUGAAUCAAUCCGUCUCGCUACAUAUUUUCGUUGUAAGCGCUUUCGUGAAAAAAGAUCUUUGAUUUAGGAUUUUUUGGAACGCUUGGCACAUUUCAUCAUGGCACCACAUCCUGUGGUUCAAGCAAUAAUAGACCUGUCUGCUGGUGCUAUAGGGGGCACAGCUUGUGUAUUUAGUGGUCAACCUUUGGACACGGCUAAGGUGAAAAUGCAGACAUUCCCCACUUUGUACAGAGGCUUUGUGCACUGCUUUGUGUCUACAUACAGACAGGUGGGCCUUCGAGGGCUGUAUCAAGGUACCACACCGGCCCUCAUGGCCAACAUCGCGGAGAACUCUGUGCUCUUCAUGUGCUACGGCUUUUGCCAAGAGGUGGUUCGCUUCCUCUCUGGUCAGGAGAAAGGGGCUGCGCUCAGUGACAUGCAAAAGGCGUGCGCAGGCUCCGUGGCCUCUGUUUUCUCCUCUCUGGUCUUGUGUCCCACUGAGCUGGUGAAGUGCCGACUGCAGGCCAUGCAUGAGAUGGCCGCUUCCGGGAAGAUCACCCACAGUCAAAACACAGUUUGGUCCGUGAUAAAGUCCAUUAUGCAUAAUGAUGGUCCUGCAGGGUUCUUCCAGGGUUUAACCACCACAAUCGCCCGUGAGGUGCCUGGAUAUUUCUGUUUCUUUGGCGCAUAUGAGCUCUGUCGCUCUCUCUUUGCUGAUUACAUGCACUGUGGCAAGGAUGACAUAGGUGUAGCCCCUAUUGUGUUCAGUGGAGGUUUUGGGGGAGCUUGUCUCUGGCUUGUGGUUUACCCCAUGGACUGUGUUAAAUCCAGAAUACAGGUCAUGUCGAUGACAGGCAAGCAGUCAGGCUUCUUCAAGACUUUCAUGCAUAUCUUCAGAACGGAAGGUGUUAGGGCUUUAUAUUCCGGUCUGACUCCCACAAUGAUCCGUACGUUUCCAGCCAACGGUGCUCUAUUCUUAGGUUACGAAGCCAGCCGCAAAAUCAUGAUGGAACAGUUUGACAGCUGAGCCUGUAACAGCACACUUUUUUUCUCUGGUUUUUAAAUGGCCAGUUUAUAGUAUUUCAUUCCACAUGCCAUGGUUUGCACACACUAAUGCAAAUUUUUUUUAAUGAUGCUUUUCUUUGUUUUAUUUAUUUUGUUAACACUUUACAGUAAGGUUAUACUUGUUUAGUGAAUGCAUCAGGUAUUAUGAACUAUCAUUGAACAAUAGUAAUUAAAGCAUUUAUUAAUCUAGGUUAAUGUAUAAAUAUACUACUCUUAAUUCAUUGAUUCAUAAUACGUUAAUGUAAAUGUAUAUAACAUAAAAUGUUAAUUUUAGUAGCAUAUUUAAACAUUUACAGCAUAAUGUUAACAAAUUGAACUUUACUGUAAAGUGUUACCAUUAUAUUUUAUGUUAGGGUGUUAAACCUGUGGCCAAACCUUGGUCUGACGGUCUAAAAACGUAUCCGUUGUGCUAGUAACAUUAGUCCCAUCACUCUUUCAUGCCUACAAUUGGAAACAUGUACUCUAUAUACAUGCAAUUUUCAGGCUACCUCUGUAUUCUUAUUUGCUAAAGUAAUUCACAAAGUCCUGCUGAAUGAACUAUAACUAUGCAAUUAAGUUUUGAAAGCUAUUCUUUUGAAUACUUGGAGACAAAAUGAACAUUUGCCAUUAAAACCUGAAUGAUCUGACUGCCAAUAAACCCUAGUUUUAGAAAUACACUAAAUUUUUUUAAUCUGCAUAACUGUAAGCUUUGUAUGUUUGUUUUGUAUUAGUAUUUCAAGUGAGGGGGUGAAUGCCUUACUCAUAAUUUCAAGUUUUUCUUCAACUUUUAAAUACGGUGGGGUUCAAAAGCCUGAGACAACUUUGCUUCUACGUUGAACUCUGCAGAGCAUGCUGUGCUUUAGUUUUAACAAGGAGUCUUUGUUUAUGUGAUUAGCCUCAAAUUUGGUUACUGGAUUGGUGACCUAGAAGUAGUGGAGAGUCAUAAAAAUGUCUUAUUCACUUGACUUUGCAACAUUUCUUAUUCUUUUUAAAUGUUUGAAAAGAACUAAACCUUUUAAAAAUUUAGAUUGUCAAUGUGACCCCAUUGUGUGUGGAUGUUUUUGUACGUGAGCAUAUGCUUGUAACGUUAAGUCGAUCCGCCAAAGAACAUUUACACCGCAGACAGACUCUACAUACAUAUUUCAGAUCAUUUAAAAAUGAUGUACUUGAAGUCAGCAGUACAGUACAGCAGUAUUACGUUUUGUGACAUCACAGCAUCUGAAAUGUACUGACUGUAAAUAGUCUUCAAUUUGAUUAUGUUCUGCCAGAGUUCGGUUUGUAUAGUUAAACACCAACUCUCUACCAAACCAAGUAACUUUGUAAAACCAGGAUUGCAUUUCUUGUGAGCUAUGUGAUUUAUUUUAGUGUCGUUAAAGAGAUUUUAAUUAACUUGAUACAAAAUCACAGAUUUCUGGGGAGAAUUAAAUUGUGUAAAUGUGAAUUAAAGCCUGAAAAAAAAUCAA